AUGACAUAUAAGGCUCUUUCUCUUGCCACUCUCCUGGCUGCCCAGGUUCACGCUCAGUCCGCCAACCCCGGCGUCGGCGCGAACCCUAAGGCCGAGGGAUCAACUGAGGAAGUUACUCCUGAUGGCGGUCCAAACGGCUCCCAAUCCUGGCUGAACACCAACCUCACCACCACCGGGUGGACUCCUCCCUUCCUCUCCCUCUCCGACAUCUACACCAUCAGUCUCUCAUCCUUCUACGACGGCAUCGGCACCCCUUGCGCCCAGUACGACUCGUACUUCCAAUCCAGCGCAUCUACAUACUCCGUCGACCCGAUCUUCCUCGCUGUCCUAGCCAUGCAGGAGUCAUCUUGUAACCCGGACGCAGGCGGUCCCACGCCCGGCCUUAUGCAAGUUGACUGCGCGAACUAUCCGAACGGGGAGUGUACGGGUUCCGUGCAGGACAAUGUAGACGCGGGGGCGAAGUAUCUUACCGAGCAGAUUGAGGAGAGUGGUGGGAAUGCGGUGCAGGCGUUGGGCAAGUAUAAUGGGUGGUUUGUAGCUGGGAGUGGGUUGAAUGGGGAUAGGGGCUUGACGGAGGAUUAUCCGUGCUCGGAGGAGGGGAGGGAGAAUGGGGUUCCGCAGAAUUUGGAUUAUUUGCACCAGGUGUUGAAUGGGUGGUUGUUGGGGUUGGAUGUUUAUGGGGAUGACAAUUGGGUGGGGACGUAUGGGUGUGAUCAGUCUUGUGGGAAUAACGUUUGUUAG